GCGUUGCGACGUCCGAAAGCAGAGCGCCUCGAGCCGAAAGAGGGGCCAGGCGAGUUUAAUAUAUGCAUCAAAGAUAGCAGAAACAAUAAUUUCGGGCGCCGAUCCACACACAGUAGUCCUAGUCUCGCUCUCUUUCUCUAUCUAUCCAUCUUUCGCUUUGCUUGAGGAUGGGGAACACAGUCAGGACACUGUCACGAGUCAGUGGGGAUGCCUGAAGUGUAAAGUCUGGCUCGUGCAGUUGUGGCACUGCUCCUAAUGCUUUCAUCAGUGCCGUGGCUUUUCUCUCGAUCUUGGGCGAGGGUUUGCUUUGUUUCUAGCUCCGCCCGUAGGAGCCUAAUUAGCGGAGUCGACUUUCUUUGAUUCUAGGGCGGGCUAGGGUAGACAAAAGAGGACAGGGUUUGGCAGUCGCUCACAUGGGAGCGCUUGUGAGAAAGGUCGCUUUCCCGCUGCAAAUGCGAUUCUUGGGGCCUCGGCGCAGAUGGCAUGGGGCCCCUGGGGGAGAGUGGCUCCUUAGCAGCGUCGGUUUGUGGCCAUGAGAAGUGUGGCUACAGUGUUGGGAUUAAGCGCAUUCCCGGUGCUAACAAUUAAAAGGUUGUGACGAGAAAGCGAGAUUGUCGUAGCCUAACCUGCCAUGCAGGUCUUCAGGCGUGAAAGGUAUGACAGCCUUGUUGGAGUUGGUGAGGGGGAGACGGAGUCAUCAGGUUUUUCAAACAUCGUAGUAGUUUUCCUGUACCGUCCUCCAUUUAUCACGCAGACGGUGUUCUCAAUCCUCUGGGUAGCUGUGUGCCUCAGAGUGAGUCUGAGGCGGUACCAAUUCGAGCGUGCGAUGUGUGUCUGGUACGAAUAACAUCAAGUCCGAGUUGCAGCAAGAAGAAGCCUGUACGAUUUCUGCCGAAUCCGGUAGCUAUGGACAUGCCUCGCUCCGGAGGCCCGAACGGGUUCUGCGAUGGUGGAAAGCGAGUACCAAUGCAUGAAUGAGGUCAUUGUCCAUGACUGUUCCGGAGCCAGCGCUGCCGGGUGUGCCAUGUGGUCUGCUACAACAGUCAUCCGGCAUGUAACCCUUGUUGCUCUCGACCUGCGGCAGUUACUCAUGCAAAUUGCGCGAGAUUUGAGCUCUCCAAAUUCUCUUGUCUCUCAUUCCUUAAACCGAGGAAGUUUCACCGAUUUCUUGGUCCCAACCCAAAACCCUAUGGCGCGCAUGAAAUUGUGACGGCGGGCACAGCCGCGGAGUCACUAGCAUGCUGAUGUCCAGAAGCCGUACCUCCGACAGCGGUACUAUGUGUGGACCCCAGAGCACCACCCAUGCCGACACAAAAGGCACCGAAGCCUAGAAGGAAAGGAGAAUAGAGUUCGAUGCUCAGCAGACCGAGACUGCUGUGAUUUAAAGUCAAGGAAAUGAUGUCUGGUAGCGCGAGGCAACGAUUCACGGGAUCUCGUUCGGAGGAGUCCGCGUGAGUGGUCGAGUCCAGUUCAAAGUGCUCACCUCACGCUUUCACUUUCGAUUGCUUGGAGCCAGUCACGAACUUGACCAGAAUCACCAGCCGCAUUUGAAUGAUGGCCGGCCAGCUGCUGCCGCUGCCCCAGAAGACCUAGAAUAAUGAUCUGCUCAUGGUAUUGUGGAGCACGAAGAGCAGUUUGGUUUCUUUUGUCUUCUGGGGUAGUAAAAUUGUUCGCUCCUAUUCAAUGGGGACGAGAAGGGGAGGCAGCCCCUUUUGUUUUCGGGAACAAGCUUUAUCACCAAACAUGGAGGCAGCAUACUUGUCAACGACUUUCUUUCCCACAGCCAGCGCAUGCAGCGACCGUUUUAGACGUUUGUGAAGCAUAGUGUGGAAUGUUCGGAUUUCUUAUACGUGGUGCGUAGAACUCACAUGUGACGCAUAUCAGGACGUAAUGUCCUUACCGGGAUAAAAACUUCGCCAGAUGGGAUGUGUCUUCUACCACACAUGUUGAUAGGAGGAAACUGCCUUAUCAAAACUUGUACGAUGGCACUAUUUCCCACAUAUAGCAGCAGUGAAGAUUAAGUUCAUAGUAUUCGGUACUCAACCUUGCAAUUUUUAAUCUUUUAAUUUUAAGGACAAGUCUUCAUGACGACAUUUGUGACUGUUGUGAAGUAAACAAGAAGUGAACCCAUCAAUAUAUGAGAGACUUCAUGAAGAGUUAAAGUGCUGAUAUCAAUUGAAUAAGAUGGGG